GAGAGAGAGAGGAGGAGGUGAAGAAGAAGAAGAAGUGCAGAGAAAGAAAGAGGAGCAGCAGCAGCGGAGAGUGUGAGCAGCUUCCCACCGGAGGAGGAGUGAUGGGCUGCGGCCACAGUAAGAAGAAAAGCAAAGGCAAGAAGGGAGAGAAGAGCCAGAAACACAAGAGCGGCCGAGAUGACGGAGGUAAAAGUGCGUCAGGUGAGCAGGACGUCUUCCUGGAGAAGCAGCUGGAGCGCUUCGAGUGGCAGCUGAGGAUUUUAAAGGAAGUGCUCUUGGCCAAUGGGAACUCGGAGAGGGCGGAGCUUCUGAAAGACCACGCCGACGUAGACGUGUGCGCCCUCGUCCUGAGCAUCCUCGAUAAGGUGAAAACGGAGACGACAGCAGAUUUAAACGUUCUGCACGAACAGAAAAGUCAAAGUGCGACUGAGGAACAUGAGAAACUCGUGGAAG